CUACCUGGGGAGUAUUUCUGGAGACAGAGCAUCUCAACAUUAUCUUCAUCUGCUAGGUCUCUUCAAAGCACAGAUGAAGACACAAGAGCAACUUAAAAGAGGCUGGUAUUAAUCCAAAAAGAAAGAAAAAAGAAUGGAAGAAAAGUUUCAUAGCAACUCAACCAUUGUCAAUGGUACAGCAGCUAACCAAAAACUUAUUGAAGGCCACAACCUUUGGGAAGUAAUUACAAUUGCUACUGUAACAGCCAUAUUAAGCUUAAUAACCAUAGUGGGGAAUGUGCUGGUGAUGAUAUCCUUCAAGGUCAACAGCCAACUCAAGACAGUAAACAAUUACUAUUUGCUCAGUCUUGCUUGUGCAGAUCUUAUCAUUGGAAUAUUUUCUAUGAAUCUUUAUACAUCUUACAUAUUAAUAGGGCACUGGUCCCUUGGAAGCUUGGCAUGUGACUUGUGGCUAGCCCUAGACUAUGUAGCUAGCAAUGCCUCAGUAAUGAAUUUACUAGUUAUCAGCUUUGACCGAUAUUUUUCAAUCACACGACCAUUGACCUAUAGGGCUAAACGCACACCCAGAAGGGCUGGUAUUAUGAUUGGUCUAGCUUGGCUUAUUUCUUUUAUUCUUUGGGCACCAGUAAUCUUAUGCUGGCAGUAUUUUGUAGGGGAGCGAACUGUCCCACCGGGCGAAUGCCAGAUACAGUUUUUGUAUGAACCCAUUGUCACCUUUGGGACUGCAAUUGCUGCUUUCUAUAUCCCUGUUUCAGUGAUGACUAUUUUAUAUUGCCGCAUUUAUAAGGAGACUGAAAAACGCACCAAGGACCUAGCUGAACUACAAGGCUCCAGUUCUGUGGUGGAGUUCGAAACCAUAAAACCUCAGAAAACUCUGCUGAAGUCCUGUUUUAGUUGUAAACAACAAAAUUUGGUCAAGAGGGAGAGAUGCCAGGCUUCGUGGUCAUCAUCCAGCCGAAGUAUAUCUGCAACAGCAAAAUCUCAGAUUCAAAAUACUUGUCAUGAUUGGUCAAAGGUAGAUCAGCUAACCACUUGCAGUAGCUAUGCUUCAUCCGAGGAGGAGGAGAAACAUGGUUCUGAUCCCGUCUUUCAAGUUGCUUGUAACACUCCAGUAAAAGGGAAUGAUGAUGAGCACAAAGAAGAGAAAAGGGAAGCCUUUAUACAAGACCAUCAAAGGGAAAAUGAAUAUGAGACCCAGAAAUACUUUCUUACACCAACCAAAGGCCAUGUUCAAAAGAGUAAUAAAUGUAUAGCCUAUAAGUUUCGCUUAGUGGUGAAAGCUGAUGGUGCUCCAGAAGCUAACAAUGGCUGCCGGAAAGUAAAAAUCACACCUUGUUCUGCCACUUUAUCCAAGGAGACUUCUGUCAAAAACACAGACCCAAAUAUAAAUAGUCAAAUGACUAAAAGGAAGAGAAUGGUACUUAUAAAGGAACGUAAAGCAGCCCAGACUUUGAGUGCCAUUCUUUUAGCUUUCAUACUCACUUGGACCCCUUAUAACAUAAUGGUUUUGGUUUCCACUUUCUGCUCAGAUUGUAUUCCUCCAACAUUGUGGCAUCUUGGCUAUUGGUUAUGCUAUGUGAAUAGUACAGUUAAUCCAAUCUGCUAUGCUCUCUGUAACAAAACUUUCAGAAAAACCUUUAAGUUGUUGCUGUUCUGUCAGUGGAAGAAAAAGAAAAUGGAAGAAAAAUUAUACUGGCAGGGAAAUACAAAGCUGCCUUAAUUUAAAUUAAAACCUUUGAAAAAUAAUUGACCUUGGCCAAGCACUGUAAAUUAAAUUGGCUGCAAGUUUUUCUUUAUAAAGUUGUUGCUCUGCAUGUCUGCAGAUUAAAGAAGCACAAUUUGUGUGAUAGUAAAUAUAUACUAAUAAGUAUAAAGAAAGCAGAUGCAACAAUGAACUUUUCUAUAAUUGUGACUACUCAUAGAAUAUUGUUAAUGUUGACAUCAUAGAAAGUUUCCUUUCACAGGUCUGCCAAAUAAAGUGGCAAGAAAAAAGACCUUAGUAGUGGUUGGUGGAUUACACCCAUGCGUUCAUCAAGUUCACAUACUCGGAAAACAACAAAAUGCCUUUUUUUUUUUUUUUUUGCUAAGGCCUUGUCUGGUUUACUUAUAGAUCUCAAACAGAGUAAGGCUUGCAUAUCUUCCCCUGCAAAUUUGUCUUCUAACUGGAUGGAAACAAAGGGAAGGGAAGUAUCAAUGGUCAGUGAUAUAGUUGAGAUCACUUCUCAAUGGAUAAACUUGUCCUUGGAGUUAGUUAUAAAUCUGUACCCUCAUUGUAGAUUAUUCUUUCUCUGUGGAGAUGAGAAAUGUCAAGGAACGACUUUGUGGAGUCUCUAGUAAAUGAGGGAGUCAAUGAUUUUAUCAAAGAAAUUUACAUCACAAGGAAAAAAGGGCAAUAGUUAAUGUUCUUUUUAAUGUUGUCUGUUCAUAUUUAAGUGGUUCUGAAGGAGUUUGAUUUUUAAAAACAGGCAGUAAGAUCAUCUACCUCUCUUCCCUUUGGUUUUUUUUUGGUGAUAAUACUUGAAUGACUAAACCCACAGCACAAGUAGGUCAGUCCAUCAGGCAUCCACUGAAUGUUACUGAGGACAUGCCCCUUCUGACUGGACUGGAAGAAGCUGAAUUUUAUGUAAUAACUAUUUUAGGCAUAUAUGCUUGUAGCACUUCACUGUCUUGAUGACCUGAUGAGAUGGAAGCAGUGACAUACUCAGAAAAAGCAGAUUCCACAAGCUAUUAUGACUUUGAUGAAAACUUAAUCAUACAUGGAGCAGAGCAACUGAAAUCCCUGAAAAGUUAACAUGGCCCCGACUAAUAGGCCCCACUUAGCUUAGUAGGGCAUUUGGAGCCCAAACCUAUGGAAAUAACUACCAGAGUUUAGGUUUAGACAAAAAUAGGAGAUGGGUAGAGGAAAACUUUUCCUUCCUUACCCCAGCUACUCUGUGAGCCUCCACAGAAGCUACAUUCCAGAUUAGAAAUCUCUUCCCAGUUGCAAAACACCUUCCAUGAGCAGAGCUCCUGUCUAUGUAAGGUACCCAUAUCUGGAUUUGAGGAACCAUCCAUAAUCCGUUAUAUUCAGCAGAGUCCCAUGAAAGAGCUUUAGGUUGUGCCAAUACAGGGUAAGAAGUGGGAAAGUCAGCUUCUCUCUACUUCCUUACCUCAAUAUUUGACAAGAUUCUGCUCUAUGUGGAAAAAAGACAGACACUCAUAAAACAGCAUAAAUAGCCACAAAAUUUAAGAUCUUUAGAGGUGUAAAAUUUCUGUUCCAGUGCCCAGAUUCCUUACAUGGGGCAUGAGAUCUUGUGGACACACAGAGCUCCCUAUAAACAAGAGUGUUUCCAAUCAUUUCAGUGGAAUUGUCAGUUCUUUGUAUGAAAAGUUAUUUUUAUACAGAUUUUCUGUCUCUACUGAAGUUAAUAGAAAAAGUGCUCAUGCUGCGCAGGUGGGCUCUGGAUUGGGAAUUGUGCAGCUCUCCAGCAGAAAGCAGAGAAUUCAUGAGAAACAGCUUAGUGUGUGUGACCAAUGCCCCCAGCAUCUCUGAGCCUGUCACCUCAAUUCGUCUGGUGAUACACCUGCCCCUGAUUUAAUACAACAUCCAGCAAAACUGAAACAGCAACAUUUACAUUACUGGCUAUAAAGCUGUAAAGAUCUAAAGUUCCAAGAGCACAUGGAUCUUCAUAGUUCUGUAGCUGAUAUUGCAAGUUUCAAAUACUCAUGUUUUCCUGGUCUCUAGUUUAAAAAUGGAUUUAGCUGAUAAACAUACAUAGGAUGAUUUAGAAUGCAAGAACAUGCAGGUCUGGGCAUAGGACGCAUCUUUGUAUCACAUCAUAUCCACAUAUAGCUUAAUAUGGUUAUAGUUGUGAAAUGUAAUGCUGCACUGUUAAGAGAUAGCACAGUGGAUUUUAUGAGAGUUUUUGUACAUUUAUCAUUGCUUCCAAUGAAGUCAUAAGUGUUUUCAGUAAGAGCUGGUAUCAUGAGAAAGGAAAAUUCUCUUCACAGCUUGUAACAUUUAACAAUUUAACAGCAUUGUAAAUAACUUGACCAUAUACAAGUUAUUUGCAAAAGAUUCCUCCUUUCUUUCCAGGGGGGACAAAUAUAAUUUCAUGUAGCUGUAUAAUAAUGUGAAAUGUGUAUUCUGGAUUCAAUAUGAAUAAUUCUAAGUAUUCUGUAUCGUACCAAUUGUUUUGGUGCUUUUGUGUAUAACUGUUAAAGGAAAGUGCGGGUUAUUAUAGAGACCUCUGAUUAUUUUCUUUCAUUCACUACCAUCAGAGCAUUUUCUGUGUAUAGUGUAUGGUUUAAGUUAUACUGGCUUAUUUUUAAUUUGAACAAACAUUCAUAUGUGUAUGAUAUGUUUGUUUGAUUCAAAUGACAUGCACUUUAGUGACACAAGUUAUGUAACAAUGGCGAAAUGUAUAAGACUGUACAAGUUUUCCGCUAGCUGCAAUGUUACUGCUAAAGAAAGCUUUGCCUUCUAGUACUAAAGUUCAAUGGGAAGUUAUUUUUGUCACAAGUUUCUGUUAAACAGGAAUAUUUUAUAAAUAUUUAUGGUCUAUUUGUUGAGUAGAUGUGUAAGACUACACAGUGGUGGAUGCCAAAGUAUCAGUUAGGUGUAACUGUUAAGUAUAUGCUCAACCUAUGCUGCUAACAACUGAAACAUACACUGCCGAACUCUGGGAUAUAUUGUAAAUAUCUGGAACUGUAUUAAAAACUGGAGUGUAUUUAUCA